AUGGUCAAACGCAGAAGAUGGGGCGCUGGUUACUGCGUGGAUUUACCGCCACGCGAGUGGAAUUCUUGCAAGCAGAGAUGGACGAAAAUAAACAAGGAAGUGCAGAAGUUUUGCGGAUGCUUUGACCAGGCGAGUCGUCAAGCUACAAGCGGCCAAUCCGAUGAUGAUGUGUACCAGAUGGCUUACAAGUUCUAUAACCAGGAUAUGAAGACCAACUUCAUCUUAGAGCAUGCGUGGAGAGCUCUUAGAAACGAUCAGAAGUGGUGUUCUCUUUAUAGAGAUAAAGGCAAAACUCAGACCAAAAGAUCACAGCCAGCUGGUUCCGUAGACGGCGGUGUCAUGGAGGAACAAGUCGAAGAAGACCAAUUGGACCUACUUGAGGUGUACAACUCGGAGAAACGCCGGUUAGACUUGCUCAAACUCAAACACAACCAUGUUCAGAAGGCAUUCAUGGUGUCUUACAAGAGGUUUAGGGCUCUUCAUCGUCACACAAUUCAGCUGAGGGAAGAUAUGGCCGCCUGUGAGAGGGAAUUGAUGGAUGCAGAGCAAGGUUCCUUGGACUGUGGAGAUGCUUCUCGUGAGUCCGAUAGAGAGAUGGCGGAAUGUAUUGAGCAUCUUAAAGACACCUCUGCGAAGAUGGGAGAGAAGUGGGAAGUGGUGAAGGAAUCCUUACUCUUAGAGUAA